AUGAAUCAAUCCACAUACCUGUGGGUUACCCGGUGCAUACCAGUGCUCAGCUGUGUCGGCAUUGGUGUCCUGCUCUUCCUCUCAUUCGUUGUCGCUCCCUACGGCCGCGGCGAGAAGGGCAAGCAUCAUGGUGAAGCGACCUACCCACAGCUGCUCCUCAGCGGCUACUGCAUCUUCCUACACAUGCUCUCAGUCAUCUUCCCAUUCCGUCUGGUUUGGGCCAUGUCCGACUUGACCAAGAACAUUCGCGAGGCCGCCAGCGUCAUGCCCAACACUCGCCGACGACGCGUCCAGAGCAUCAAGAACGACGAAGGCACCGCUCAAUUCCCCGUCCCAUUGUUCGUCAUCCUGAUUCCGGCAUACAAAGAGGAGGUUGAUACCCUGGAAGAGACCCUACGCGUUUUGGCUUCACACCCGCAGGCGAGGCACAGCUACCAUGUCUACCUGGCUAUGGAGGAGAAGGAAGAGAAAUCCGCCUUGAAGGCCGCCAGCUUGUGCUCCGGUUUCGAGAAGUGCUUUUUCCGUAUGAGCUACACCAUGCACCCAGCUGGAAUCCCUGGUGAGGCACAGGGCAAGAGCAGCAACGAGAACUGGGCUGCCAAGGAGGCCAUGAAGGAAUACUCCGACCCUCUCGUUCGCCAAAACACGAUCAUCACCACCAUGGAUGCCGACACUCACCUCUCCUCCCGCUACUUCACCCAGAUCGCUCGUAUGCACACGGAACACGCCGAGACCAACGAGACCACCAUCUACGUUCCUCCGCUUGUCUUCGACCGUAACCUCCACAACAUCCCGCUCCCGGUCCGAACUGCCGAUAUGAUGUGGGCUGGAGCCGGAAUUUCCAGUCUGCACAGCGCCUCCACCGUCUGCAUCCCUACCUCCGUCUACUCCCUGCCUAUGACUCUCGUCGAACAUGUCGGAGGAUGGGACACCGACCCAGGUUCAAUUGGUGAAGAUCUUCACAUGUACCUCAAGUGUUUCUUCGCUCUGUCUGGUAAUCUCACCACCCGCAUCGUCUACGCCUCCGCCAGUCAAUGCAACGUCAGUGCCGACACCAAGGGCAUCAAGGGUUACUACGACGGUCUCGCCGCACGAUACAAGCAAGCUCUCCGUCACAUGUGGGGUUCCCUGGACAGUGGUUUCGCCGUUCGUGAGGCGUUGAAGAUGUUCCAAAGACACCAGAAGGCUGCCAGCGCUCAAGAGAGUGACUUGCCUACUACUUCACCAGAGUUCGUAUCCCCAAGAUCUAUCACUGGAGAACAUGUGCUGACCUCUUCCUCCAACAGGGCCAAUUGGACUGCUUUCUACGCUAGCACCGGUCUCCACAAGUCUCUGAUUCCGAAGAUGGCCGAUGGCGAGCGCUGCCCCCCUCGAUCGAUCAACAAGUACAACCUGAUGACCGUCUUCCACCGUCUGUUCGAGGCUCACUUCCUUCCCAUCCAUUUGGCUGUCAUCCUCUCGACAAGCGGAAUCUACACCCUGUUCUAUCCGACGUUCCUGAUUCCCCCGACCUUGAAGAUGGCGCUCGACAUUUCGGGUUGGUGCCGGCUUUGCGGUUUCUGCACCAUGCUCUUCUUCUUCUACCUGUACGAACGCUACCACCGCCUCUGCGUUGGUCUCCGACAAGAGGAGAUGCGUCGUGCUGGCAUGCUCGAGGACAUGAAGCAGGGCGAUGGAUUCACCCAUAACACCUUCCAGUUCGCUGGUAUCCUGGAAGCCGUCCUCUUCCCGAUCGGCGGUUUCGCGUUCGGUGCCAUUCCCGCGUUACACGCUGCGAUAUGCCAUCUGUUUACCGACAGGCUGACAUACGUGGUGAGCUUGAAGCCGAAUUUUGCUCUCAAACAAUGGAAGGAUGUCAGCACCAUCGCCCCAUGA